ACACCUAGAAUUCCGAAAUCUUGGUUUAUUUCUCUGUUUUACCUCGGUAGGGUUUUCACAUUCUUUUUUUCGCAAUUAGGGCUUUUCAAGUAAGCUAAAGCUUAUACGGAAAACAGGGUUUUGGGGAUUUUUUUUCUUUCUUCUUCAUCUUUAAUUUCAAAGUCAUGAUUCUGUCAAGGUUUUGAGUAGUGUUCUGUUCUGCUAAGGUUUAAAGUGACCUUUUGUUAGCAUUUAUAAGAAAAAAGAAAUAGCAGAGAAAGAGAUAUAUUUAUAUACAGUCUCUCUGAUCAGCGUCAUGAUUAUGAUCUCCAAUACGGGUUUGUUCUAAAGUCUUGAUCUUUACAGAAGAAGAAGCCUUAAAAGCGUGUCUGUAUAUAUAUAUAUACAUAUAGGGUACAAGUUUAAGUUUUUCUGUCUUGGGUUUCUCUCUGUUUUUUCUUUCCCUUAUUGUAAAAGUAGUCAUUUCUUCAAAUGGGGCCUUCUGGAAGAACAAGAACAAGAACAGCAGCAAGAAAGAGUAGUAGUAGUAGUAGCAGAAGUAUUAACAAAAGAAAAAGAAAAAGUCAUCAGUUGAAGAAGAAUGUAGUUGAACGACAAAAGAAUGAAGAAACGACAACAAAUGGUAUUCAUUCAUCAUCAUCGCCGUUGUCGUUUUCGUCUUCUUCCAACGACGAUGAGUUGCCUAAAACAGAAGGCAUUGAGUUUGAAGCAGUGGACGACGUCGUUUCAACAAGCAGCAAUAGCGGUUGUUCAACACCCAAAGGUAAGAGAUUUCGUAUACCAGAUGUGGUCACGUGUCCACCAGCACCAAAAAAACAAAGGGUUAUUUCUACUAAUUUCUCCCUUCAGAGAACUCCAAUUGCUUUCUUUGCUCCACCAGAUUUAGAGCUUUUCUUCUACUUAGCUGUUCGCGGUAUUUCAGUUUGAAAUAAAAAGGAAGAAAAAAAAAAUAGUAUUAUUAUUAAUAAUGUGUGUGUGACUACUCUUCAUAAUAUAAUUUUUAUAUAUUAUGGACCAACUUUUAAUUAGUCUUUAUUUUGAUUGAUCAUAGUGUUUGAAUGAUUUUCAAGAGAGAGAGAGAUUACUACUACUGCUAUUAGCUUUUGCUUCUUUUAUUAAUUAACAAUAGUUAAUUUGAGUUAUUGGGUUUCAAAUUUGUAGGGUAUACUAAUGAUCAAGUAAUAGUGUAGUCAUGGAGUACUUAAUAUUGCUGUAUAUUAGUAUUUUCUAAUAUGUAUGUGGCUGACCAUAUGGUGGGAGUAUAAGAAAGUGUUCUGAGUUUGAUU